AGUCGGACACGACUGAGCGACUUUUCACUUUCACAACAAUUUAUUAUGAUAUGACAGCGACAAUUUAUGAUGAGAUGCCCCCUGUGUCCCUGCUGUUGGGCUUCCCUGAUAGCUCAGCUGGUAACGAAUCCGUACGCCCAAUGAGCUAGAAAACCCGCACGCUGAAUCCUCUAAGAGGCAAAGGGCAACGACAGGACAUGAGCGUCGCAAAACUACCGGUUGCCGAUCCUGCGCAGAGAAGCCGAGCCGGGACGGGAGAGAGAAAGAGGGAAUAGGAACAGGAGGAGCGGGGAAGAGGGGGCGGGUAAAGCCACAGUUCCGCGGUCAGGUGACCAGAACGUCCACUGGAAUGACCGCCCCCUUCUGCAGACUGGACUCCGAGCGCCACGCCACGCCGCCCUCCAAUAAAGGUGUGAGACCCCUGAAGUUCUUGCAUCGAGUUCUUUUUUUCUCCUGACUCCUGCUAACAGAUCUUUGUCUCCUCUCUCUCUCACCCCUACUCCCUGCAUGGGAGCUGGAGGGAUGCGGGUGGCGGACACGCGGGCGGGAGUCGACCCCGCGGAGGACAAUAGCCAGGUACUGGGACUGGGACGGAAGUAAAACUGCGGGCUCCACAGGGUGGGGGCGGAGCCCGCGGACUACACGUCCCGUGGUGCACCGCGACCACUUCCGGGCCCCCAUGAUGCCCUGCGGCGUGCCGGAGGCGGGGCGGUCUCGCCAUGCUGCGCGCGCUGAGAACCCUGGGCGCGCGGCCGUUAGGCCGCCCUCCAGCCCAUUUUCUGCUCCUCGCGCGCGGCCGAAAAACCCGCCACGACCCGCCGGCCAAGUCCAAGAUCGGGCGCGUGGCGACCCCUCCCGCCGUGGAUCCUGCGGAAUUCUUCGUGCUGACGGAGCGUUACCGGCAGUACCGCCAGACGGUGCGCGCCCUCAGGCAGGAGUUCGUGACCGAGGUACGCAGGAAAGCGCACGAGGCCCGGGCUGGUGUCCUGGCAGAGCGCAAGGCGCUGCAGGAGGCCGCUGAGCACCGCGAGCUGAUGGCCUGGAACCAGGCGGAGAACCAGCGGCUGCAUGAGCUGCGGAUGGCCAGGCUGCGGCAGGAGGCACGGGAGCAGGAGCGGCGGCAAGCGGAGGAGGCGGCCCGGGAAGCCCGAGAGGCGGAGGCCUGGGCCCAGCUCAAGGAGCGGGAAGUGCUGCAGCUGCAGGAGGACGCAAAAAACUUCAUCACCCGAGAGAAUCUGGAGGCACGGGUGGAAGAAGCUUUGGAUUCCCCCAAGAGCUACAAUUGGGCUAUCACCAGAGAGGGGCUGGUGGUCAAGCCACAGCACAAGGGCUCCUGAGGUCCCAGUGAGGACAAUACCCACCCAGGGACCAUGGAAGUAAAGGGGUUGGGUCUGAUCUGAAAUAAAGCAGUUGGUGUUUCUGAUGAAGGAAAAGGUUCUACCUAUUCCAGUGCAGCCUUCACUUUGGGGCCUCAGCUCCUGCCACUUGGUCAGAAACUCCACACAUGCAGUGCUGUAUUCUACACCCAUGUGCAACUCUCAGUAAAGCACCAGACCUGAGAAGUUUCUGUCUCACAGAGAAGCUUAGUCCCCUCAACAGCCAGGUUGUCUCCUGAGUAUCCUCGGGAUCAGUGGUUGGCAUUUUGCAGUCCUUGGACAAAAUCUGGCCUAUUGCUUGUUUUUGUGAAUAAAAUAUAUUGAAACACA